AUGAACUGUCAUAAUGUUUAUCCGGAUUGGUGCAAUACAUGUGCCAUCGGGUGUCAUGCUAAUUGGACUUGGGGUAAUAAAGACAUUUAUGCCGAUAAUCAUACAAGACCGCUUAAUAAUGAAAGCAUCAUUGCUGACAUAAUUAAGUACUACAAGAAUGCAAUUAUAAUGCAGAAGCAGAUUGUAGACAAGCAGCUAAGGGAAGAUACAAUCUGUUGGAGCCCCCCAAAGCCGGAUUUUGUAAAGCUUAAUAUCGACGGAUCCUGUGGAAAAGAUAAUUAUUCAGGUUGUGGGGGUGUUAUUCGAGACAGUAGGGGCAACUGGAUUUGUGGCUUUUGCAAGUUUCUUGGCACGUGUAAUGCGUUCAUGGUGGAGGCUUGGGAAGUUUUUACUGGUCUAAAUCUCACGCUAACCAGAAGUUACACGAAAGUCAUCGUGAAUAUGGAUGCUAAGAGGGUGAGAGAUGCAAUUAUGCAGAAGGAUAAUCAUGAUUACACUAGUUUGGCCUUAAUCCGUCAAAUUCACUUGCUUAUGGCCAAGCUCGACGUGGUGAUUCUAGAGUAUACGUUUUGGGAAGCCAAUGUCAUUGCAGAUGAUUUUGCUAAAACGACGAGAGUUUGGCAGAAUGGUUUUUGCAUUUUUAAAGAUCUCCCCAAACAUAUCGCGAAUUUGAUUCUGAAAGACUCCCUUGGUCUAGCUACCUCUAGAGUUGUAGCAGUGUAG